CUCUUCUGGAAGCGAGACAAGGACAGUUGCUGCAGGAGACGGUGAAGCGGAAGCUGGACAGUGCGCGGUCGCCGCUGAACGGCGAGCAGAACGGCGUGUGCGAUGGGAACUUCUCGCCCCACCCGAAACGGCUCCGCAAGGAGGGUCCCGCGGGGGGCCUGGACCCGCUGGCCGGCCUGCCCAACAGCGCUCCCCCCUCCGCCUCACCCCUCCACCAAAUGGACAUCAAGCCUCCGCUGGGCAUGCCCAACAACGCCGGCGGCGUCGGCGGCAACAACCACGUCCCCGGCCGGCCGGACGACCUGGGCAAGAACGGCGGCCUGCCGGACAUGAAGCUGAACGGCUCGCUGGACCUGGACGACGGCUUCGGCCUGCUCAAGGACCUGAAGCAGGAGCCGCUGGACGACGGGGCGGGCAUGGAGUCCUCCGACACCUCGCUGUCCAAUCAGAACAAGCUGUUCUCCGACAUCAACCUGAACGACCAGGAGUGGCAGGAGCUGAUCGACGAGCUGGCCAACACCGUCCCGGAGGACGACAUGCACGACCUGUUCAACGAGGACUUCGAGGAGAAGAAGGAGGCGGAGUUCCCGCGCCAGGCGGCGCAGACGCCCCUCCCCCAGGAGCCGGCGUCGGCCCCGCCCCCGCAGAGCGCCCCGCUGCCCAUGGGCUCUCCGCAGGUCCGGCCCUCGUCCUCGGGGCCGCCCUUCAUCGCCGCCGCCGCCGCCAGCGGGACGCCGCCCCAGCAGCCGCUGCAGCAGUCCCCCGCCGUCGCCAUGGCCACGGGCUCGCCCGCCAACUGCGUGGCGCGGUCGCCGCAGACGCCCACCCAGGCCCCGGCGCAGGCGUCUCGCCCGGGGAACGGCUUCCUGAUGAACCCGGGCGGCGGCGUGGGGCCCGUGCCCGCCCCGGGGGCCGCUGGCGGUCCGGGCCAGGGGGGCGGCGGCGGGCCGGGGCAGGGGCAGGUCCCGCCCUCCGCGUCGGAGCUGUCCCCCGCGGAGCAGCUGAAGCAGCUGGCCUCCCAGCAGCAGCAGCGGGCCAAGCUGAUCCAGAAGCACCAGCAGCAGCAGCAGCAGCAGCAGACGCAGGCCGCCAACUGGUCCCCCGCGGGGGCGCCUUCCAGCCCCUACGGGGGGGGCCCCUUCAACCCCGACAAACCAAAUAGCCCCAUGAUGUACCCGCAAGCCUUUAACAGCCAGAACCCCAUGGUGGCGGCCAUGGCGGGGAACCCUCAGAAGGCCGCCAUGAACAACUACCUCCCCCCGAAUCACAUGACCAUGAUCUCCCAGCAGCCCGGUGGCAUGGGGCAGGCGGCCAUGAGCAAGCAGCAGGCGGCCAUGCUGUCCUACAGCAACACCAAGCCGCUCAGCCACUUCAGCGCGGUGGAGCACGGGGGCCAGCGGAUGACCCCGCCCAUGGCCAGCGCGGGGAAGAGCCCCAUGAUGCCCUACAUGCAGGCGCCGGCGGGGCAGGGGGCGGGGCAGGUGCCCGUCCCGCCCCAGGCGCAGGGGCAGAUGGGGGGGGGUCAGGGCUCCCACCUGACGGAGGAGCAGAAGCGCAUGCUGCUGAUGAAGCAGAAGCUGAGCCAGAGCAUGUCGUACGGCGCCAUGCAGCCCCACGGCCAGGUCAUCAUCAUCAUCGUUCCCUCCACCUCUGGAAAGGAGUCGAGGGAGGCGGAGAUCAUUCCCCCUCUUCCCAAACUUUCACUCUAG